AUGGCGGGUUCAACGCGAGCAUACGCCCUGCUCCUCCUCUUCUCGGCCCUCGCGCUGCUCGCGCCUGUCUCUGCCCGGGAGACCAAAUUCAUCUUCGGCACCGAUGGGGCGGGCAUAACACGGCAGCUGGCCGUCGAUCGAACACCAGCCCUAUAUACGGGCGAUUUUGGCGAUUGUCUUGGCGGCCAGAGCUUGUUCAACGUAACAAAAUUCGAUGCCGCCUACUAUAAAGACAACAUGACCAUUGCCUUCCACAUAGACGGCACCACGAACAUCAAGAACGAGUCGCUGAUGAUGCACAUAUCUGUUGACGCCUACGGCACCAGUAGAUUCUCCAUGACGUUUGAUCCUUGCUUCCUUAACAUCUACAGUCUUUGUCCUUUGAACGCCAGCGUGCCAAUCACCGCAUUCGCCGUCAUCCCGGUUGGGCCCCAGCAAGUUGGAGGCAUUCCCGAGAUUGCAUUCAGCAUCCCGGAUUUCGAGGGCUCGACCAAAGUACAGAUAUUCGCCAAUUCCAGCAAAACGGAGAUAGGAUGUUUCCAGGCUGUCAUGAAAAAUGGCGCCAGCCUUUCACAUCCCAACGCGGUUGCCCCUAUACUGGGCAUAUUUACCGUCGUCGCCAUCGUCGCAUCAUUCUUGACCGCCGCGUAUGGCGUCAGCGUUACCCAUAUGAGGACCCACUACGCACACUCUUUGUCCAUAUUCGUCGUCUUCGAGACCUUUCAGACCAUCUUCUUCUCAGGAGCUCUGUCUCUUAACUGGCCGAGCGUCCUGGUGGCGUGGUGGAGCAACUUUGCGUGGUCCGCUGGGAUGAUUCACAGCCCGGGAAUCGCCAAAUCUGUUGAUCCUUUCGCCGGCGUCAGCGGAAAUGCCAGCCAGGUGGGCGGUGCAGGAUCAGUUGUCAUCAACAACGGGGGCGGCCUAGCGUCGCAGAUCUACGGCCGUUCGUUGGCCCAAGUCGCCGUCGCCCAGAUUAGAAAGCGAGCACCCUACAACGCGAGCAACCCCUAUGAUUAUACCUGGGCCGGCUCUCCAGUGACCCCGGGCAUGCCAAUGCCGGGCACGUGGGUCGGCUUUCCCGGAACCCUGUCCGGGGUCGGCAUCCCCGCGGCGGGCGCUUUCUUGGUCGGCUUGAUCUGGCUCCUCGUGGCAAUCGGCUUGGUCGUGUUAUGCAUCGUGGCAUUCAAAUGGUCCUUGGAAGCACUGGUCCGCCUGAAAUGGAUCAAGGAAGACCGCCUGGCAUUCUUUAGGAUGCAUUGGCUUCGUUAUCUGACUGUGACCGUUCUGCGGACGCUCUUCAUUGCCUUCUUCAUGAUUGCGACCCUUGCUCUCUACGAGUUCAAUCUCGAGCCGCCUGCUGGCCCCCUGGCUAUCGCGGCGCUGGUCCUUGGUCUCUUUGUUAUUGUGGUCUCUGGACUGGCGUUUUACGCUCUCCACAGCCGUCUGCGGUCCGGCCAAUUCACACUUCAGGCGGACCAAAUCGUCAUGUACCACGGGAAACUCUUCAGAAUCAUCCCGUGCAUUUCUCUCACUAGAGCGAGCACGUUGAAGGAGCAGGAGUCAGCAACAAAGCCCCUCUGGACCGUGGCCUGGUUCCGCAUUCGCCACGUCGAUCCCGAUAUUUGGCGCCCUACGGUGCAUCAGGACCAGGCAUUUGUGAAGAGAUUCGGCUGGCUCUCUGCAAGGUAUCGCCGGACGAAAUGGUGGUUUUUCGCCUAUUACGUCGGGUACCAACUCGUUCGCGCCUGCUUCGUCGGCGGUGCCGUGCAGAAUCCCUUUGUCCAAGUCUAUGGACUUUUGGUCUUCGAGGUCGUUGCCUUCUUGAUCAUCGUCACACUCAACCCCUUCGAAGGGGCCCGUAACACGGCUUUGGCUGUGUGGAUGCUCAGCAUCACCAAGGUUGUUACGACAGGACUCUCAAUCGCCUUCUUGCCCGCCUUUAACCUUGACCGCAUCAUCGCCACUGUCGUCGGGGUCAUCAUUGUCGUUGUCCAAGGAUUCCUGGUCAUUGGACUGUUGAUCUUGGUGGUGCUUGGAGCAAUCUCGUCGUGGAUGUCUCUCAGCCGUAACCGGGAAGACUUCAGCCCGGAAUCCUUGGACACCAUCCGUCUUCGCUAUUACGAGAAGAUGCUGGCAAAGGCUCCGGAUGGACCGCGUCCACAAAGGGAGAAAAAGGAGAAGGAGGAAGCCGAGCCAGAGGUGGCCAAGGAGCCGCAUUUUGAGGUCACCUCUGUGCGCCGCGCCCCGAAGAUAGAAGACGAAGACGAAGACGUCAUUACGAGCUUGGAGGCAGCGGAUCCGGCUGAUAUUCGCAGCGUCUCCCGGGCCAGCCGCGCCAAUAGCCUCGGCUCGCGGCAGAGCGUGGGCAGUUUGCCGCGGGCGGCCAGGCAGCACCGGUCGUCCUGGUCGUCGAGAGACUUUGCACAAUGGGAAGCCCAGAUCGAUCGGCCGAACAGCUCUCUGGCCGAGCGACUGACCAGCGGCAGCCCGACCGGCAGCGACGCCUCGGGCACGACACAUGUCGCCAACGCCGCCACGAGGUUGGCGUCCCGGCCGCAGAGCAACAACAGCCUGCGGGCGCACACACCGGCCGACAUGAGGCAGCCCAGCCCGCUGAACCCGGCGCGCUCGGGUACACCUACGAGGGAUACACUAAUGAAACAUGUCGAGGAGAGGAUAAGCGGGACCCUACGCCCGCCACCCACCACUGAGGAGGAAUAG